AAACUUCAGCCCUCACCUUUGACGAUCAGCAUGGGCUCUUCUUUCCACCACGAAUCUUCUGAUGCCUCGGCUGCGGCCUCUUCCUUCAGCAUGAAGGAAGACAAUGACGAAGUUGAGUUGCAGUGGGCGGCCAUUGAGAGACUUCCUACUUUCCGGCGGAUAAGGUCGUCAUUGUUUCCGAAGGAUGGCAAAGAAGAGAGAGAGAGGGAGGUGAUAGACGUUGCCAAGCUUGGAGCUCCGGAACGCCAUGUUUUCAUUGAGAGAUUGAUAACCAGAGUCGAGGAGGACAAUCUCCGGCUCUUGAAGAAACUCAAAGAAAGAAUGGAAAGGGUGGGAUUGGAGCUGCCGAUAAUCGAAGUGAGAUACCACAAUCUGUGUGUCGAAGCAGAGUGUGAAGUAGUUCAAGGGAAGCCCCUCCCCACUCUAUGGAACACCAUCAGAAGUGUCAUCUCUGCUGUGACAAGCGUUGGAAGAUGCAACAUGCAACGAAUCAACACUAAAAUUCUCAAAGAUGUCAGUGGCAUCAUCAAGCCUUCAAGGAUGACUCUGUUGCUUGGUCCUCCAGGCUGUGGGAAAACAACGUUGUUGCAGGCACUUGCAGGGAACCUCAUUCCGUCUCUUGAGGUUAUAGGGGACAUUACGUACAAUGGUUACAGGCUUUCUGAAUUUGUUCCCCAGAAAACAUCAGCUUAUGUAAGUCAAUACGACCUGCACAUUUCUGAAAUGACUGUAAGGGAGACACUUGACUUUUCCGCACAUUGUCAGGGUAUUGGAAGCAGAACAGAUACAAUGAAAGAAAUCAGUAGAAGGGAGAAGCAAUUGGGAGUCAUCCCUGAUCCAGAUAUAGACACUUACAUGAAGGCAACAUCAAUAAAGGGAUCAAAAGGAGCUCUCCAGACAGACUAUAUAUUAAAGAUCCUCGGACUAGACACUUGUGCUGAUACAAAUGUGGGAGAUGCCAUAAACAGGGGGAUCUCAGGCGGUCAAAAGAAAAGGCUUACUACAGGGGAAAUGAUAAUUGGUCCAACAAAAACUCUGUUGAUGGACGAAAUAUCAAAUGGCUUAGACACCUCCACGACUUUUCAGAUUGUUACCUAUCUACAACAGAUGGCACACAUAACAGAUGCCACAGUUAUAAUGUCACUUCUUCAACCAGCACCAGAGACCUUUGAUCUUUUCGAUGAUAUUAUCUUAAUGGCAGAAGGAAAGAUUGUGUACCAUGGACCACGCAGUAAUGUUCAAGAGUUCUUUGAACAUUGUGGUUUCAGAUGCCCUCCACGUAAGGGCGUCGCUGACUACCUACAAGAAGUAAUUUCAAAGAAGGAUCAAGCUCAGUACUGGUAUCAUGAGGACCGCCCUUAUAGUUACGUUUCUAUUGACAAGUUCAGAGCCGCCUUUAAAGAUUUCCAUGUAGGACAGAAGCUAGACGAAGAACUCUGCAUACCUUUCAAUAAAAACGAAAGCCACAAAGGUGCUCUAUCAUUUAACAUCUAUUCAUUGAGAAAAUGGGAAUUAUUCAAAGCAUGCAUGGCCAGAGAGUGGUUGCUUAUGAAGCGGAACUCAUUCAUUCAUAUCUUCAAAUCAGGACAGCUAGUUGUAAUUGCACUAAUAACCACAACAGUGUUUAUACGCACCCGAAUGCAAGUUGAUAUGGUCCAUGCGACCUACUACAUUGGUUCCUUGUUUUAUGCUCUUGUAAGACUAUUGAGCAAUGGGAUCGCAGAGUUGUCAUUCACUGUUUCCAGACUCGCAGUAUUCUACAAGCAAAGAGAUUUAUACUUCUAUCCAGCAUGGGCUUAUUCAAUUCCAACUGCUAUUCUGAAGAUUCCAUUUUCAUUGAUAGAUGCUUUUCUUUGGACGGUUCUGACAUAUUAUGGGAUUGGUUACAGUCCUGAACCACAGAGGUUUUUCAAACAAGUCCUUGUCCUUUUCCUACUUCAUCAAGUUGCAAUAUCACUAUUCCGCCUGCUUGCUUCCAUUGCUCGAAAUCCAGCUGUUGCAGCAACAUUUGGCCUUUUCAGCUUACUGGUCAUAUUAUUAUUCAGCGGUUUUGCAAUUCCACUAGAAUCAUUACCAACUUGGAUCAAAUGGGGCUUUUGGAUUUCACCAAUGGCAUAUGCUGAAAUAGGAAUCUCACUAAAUGAAUUUCUGUCUCCGAGGUGGCAAAAGGUUUCAUCAAAUGAGACACUAGGGCAUCUGGUUCUGAGAAAACGGGGGUUAAACUUCAAUCAAAACUACUAUUGGAUAUCAGUUGCAGCUUUAAUAGGAUUCUGGAUAAUUUUUAACAUUGCAUUUACCUUUGCACUGAGUUAUUUAAAACCAGCUCCAGGAAGAUCUAGAGCUACCAUCUCCCAUGACAGGUUCUCUUAUCUAAAAGCAAUAGAAGUUUCAACCAAUGCAAAUCAAGAGAAAGAACCACAAUCGACUCAUCCUUUAGAAGCUGUUACAGACACAAAGACCACAGGGAUGGUGUUACCUUUUGAGCCCAAAACACUUACAUUUGAGAAUGUGCAAUACUUUGUUGAUACUCCCAAGAAAUUGAGAGAGCAAGGGUUUCCAGAAAAAAGACUACAGCUUCUUCAAGAUAUUACUGGCACAUUUAGGCCUGGAAUUCUUACCGCUUUGAUGGGAGUUAGUGGAGCUGGGAAAACUACGCUGAUGGAUGUUCUUUGUGGAAGAAAAACUGGUGGUUAUAUUGAAGGGGAGAUAAAAAUUGGGGGUUACCCCAAGGUCCAGGAGACAUUUGCUAGAAUAUCUGGUUACUGUGAGCAAACUGAUAUACAUUCUCCACAGCUAACAAUAGAGGAAUCUGUGAUGUACUCAGCUUGGUUACGCUUGCCAAUGCAGCUAGAUAAGCAGAAAAGACUGGACUUUGUGGCAGAGGUUCUUCAAAUGAUUGAGCUGGAUGGAAUAAAAGAUUCUUUAGUUGGCAUCCCAGGUCUAAGUGGUUUAUCACCCGAACAACGAAAACGGCUAACCAUAGCAGUUGAGCUCAUUUCCAAUCCAUCCAUAAUAUUUAUGGAUGAACCCACCUCUGGUUUAGAUGCCAGAGCAGCUGCAAUUGUCAUGCGUGUUGUGAAGAAUAUUGUUCAGACAAACAGGACAAUAGUUUGCACCAUUCAUCAGCCAAGUAUUGACAUAUUUGAGGCAUUUGAUGAGCUAAUUCUGAUGAAAAGAGGAGGUUGCAUAAUAUAUUAUGGGGAGCUGGGUCAGCAUUCAAAUAAGCUUGUUGAAUACUUUGAGGGUAUACCUGGCGUGCCAAAAAUUAAAGAAAAUUACAAUCCAGCAACAUGGAUGUUAGAGGUCACAAAUCCAACCGCAGAAGCUCAACUUCGAGUAGAUUUUGCAUCUCUUUACAAAGAAUCCCAUCUGUACAGGAGAAACAAAGAACUGGUCAAAGAACUGAGCCUUCCAGCGGAUGCUUCUGAGGAAUUGUGUUUCCCAACUCGCUUUCCACAAAACGGAUGGGAGCAAUUCAAAGCAUGCCUCUGGAAACAACACUUAUCCUAUUGGAGAAGUCCCACAUAUAACUUUGCACGCCUAUCAGUGGUUACUGCAGCAUCUUUGUUAUACGGAGUGCUACUCUGGCAGAAAGGACAGAAAAUAGGUACUGAACAGGAUCUUCUCAACAUAAUGGGAUCAGUUUAUAUUUUCAUGAUAAUCAUUGGGAUGUCAAGUUGUUCGUCUGUGAUGCCAUUCGUAGGGACUCAGAGGACUGUUUUCUACCGAGAAAGGUUUGCUGGAAUGUACUCCUCAUGGGCAUAUUCAUUGUCUCAGGUGAUUAUUGAAAUUCCAUACAUCUUCCUUGAAGCAGUUUUGUUUUCGAUGAUUACAUAUCCAGCAAUAAACUUCUAUAAGUCAGCCUACAAAGUGUUUUGGUACCUCUACACCAUGUUUUGUACGUUGCUAUACUUCAAAUACUUAGGCAUGAUGCUUGUUUCAUUGACUCCAACUUCCCAAGUGGCAGCAAUAUUCGCAAGUUUCUCCUACACGCUACUAAGUUUGUUCUCAGGGUACCUCAUACCAGAACCAGCAUACACAUUGCAGAAUAAUGACAAAGCAAUAAACUUCUAUAAGUCAGCCUACAAAGUGUUAUGGUUCCUCUACGCCAUGUUUUGUACCUUGCUGUACUUCAAAUACUUAGGCUUGAUGCUUGUUUCAUUGACUCCAACUUCCCAAGUGGCAGCAAUAUUCGCAAGUUUCUCCUCUACGCUACUAAGUUUGUUCUCAGGGUACCUCAUACCAGAACCACAAAUACCUAAAUGGUGGGUUUGGGCUUAUUGGAUUUCCCCGUCUUCAUGGUCCCUAAAAGCGAUCGUUACUUCACAAUAUGCAGAUGUGAACAAGGUAAUCACAGCAUUUGGAGAGCAGAAAACAAUCAGUGCCUUCUUGGAAAGCCAGCAAGGGUAUAAACAUCAAGAUUUACCCAUCAUAGCAAUUGUACUUCUUGCUUUUCCACUUUUCUUUGCAUCCAUUUUUGCAUACUGUAUAUCUAAACUGAACUUCCAAAGGAGCUUAUCUUACUGCACUUUGCUGCUACCGUGCUGUGCAGCUCUCCCUUCUUCAUUUGCUGCCAUUUGAUGCAGCCUUUCAUCUUCAUUUGCUGCCAUUUUGUCCAACUCUCAUCUUCAAAGAGUUUUAAAGAUAAAAAUUUAUCCAAAUAAAAAAAGAGUUACAAU